GUCUGAUUAAGAAAUCACCCACAAUAACAUAAAGUAUGGUACAUGGUUAGGUACCAGUGUGUGAUACUACAUUAAACAUAUUGAACACAACACAUAUGCCUACCAAUGGUAAAGGAAGAACAGCAAGACAACGGACGCGUAAAAAGACACAAAACCCUAAAAAUUUUGUUGCUCAAGAAAUAUAUUAUGAUUUGUUGAAAUCAAUGAAAAGGGAAUUCGGAUUCAAAAAUAAAUCGUUGGCUCCAUUUGUGUUUAAAGAUACUGGUAGAGGGAUGAUGGCUAAAACAAGAAUUUGUGAAGGUGAUGUCAUUUUAUCCAUACCACAAGCUGCAAUGGUUGGUGUUAAUUCUGCAUUCAAUCUUUCAAAGUUUGCACAAAGUAUUUCAUCUGUUUAUCAUUCAAUGCAUGAUGGUUUAAAAUUAUCAGGUAUCCAAAUUCUCUGUAUUUUUCUAAUCGAAGAAAAACGUAAAUUGGGCAAGAAUAAACCAAGCUCAACUUGGGGCUACUAUGUUAAGGUUUUACCACAAACUUUUACACACCCCCUUUACUGGGAGAUGGAAGAAAUACACACCCUGCCCAAACAGCUGCAGAUUUGUGUGAACAAAACAAUAGAUUGUGUAAAACAACAGUUUAAAGAAUUAAAUGAAAUGAUAAAAAAGUUAAAAUUGGGAAGUGAUUUAAAUUAUCAUGAAGAAAUAUCCUGGAUUGAAUACAGAUGGGCAUGGUGUUGUGUGAAUACUAGGUGCGUUUAUUCCACCCAUGAUGAUCCAACAAUAAUGAAAUGUUGCUACCAAUCCUCAGCAGCAGAUAAAUAUUUCUUGGUUCCAUAUUUAGACUUACUUAACCACUCUAACGAAGUGAACACAAAAGCUGAGUUCAACAACACAAACAAAUGCUUUGAGUUAAGAACACAUUGCAAAUUUAAGCGAUUUGCACAAGUAUUUAUAAGUUACGGGGCUCUCAGUAAUUCAACUUUGUUAGUCGAAUAUGGGUUCGUGUGUAAGACACCAAACAAACAUGAUGUUGUGGCACUUGAUGUGGGCCAUGUUCUGUCUUUUAUAAAAUAUUCAGUAAAGACAGCUAUUUGUCCCAGCAAUUCCUUAUUAAAUCAAUUGAAGAAAUAUGAUUUAGACAAAGGCCUUGCAUUCACAAUACAUGGACCGUCAUGGACAUUGAUACAAUGUGUUGUAUUGGCCGUUAUGACUUGUAAUAUGAACAACAACCAAAUAUCAAAGAUAUGUCUGCAGUUAAUGCAGAAAAGUAUUUCAAUGAAUGAGUUUCCAAAUGCAGUGAAUUCAUUGACCACAGCGACUCAAAUUCUCCAAAACCUUUGCGCUGAGCUCACUAAAGCAACCCAAGAAAGAAUGAAACAAUGUAGAAGCAUGAACAACACUUCACACAUUGAACUUGUAUUAAAAUUAUGGCAGAUACAUUUGGAAAUAUUAGAAACAUCGCUUCAAGAAAUAUCAACAAAGAAAAUAAUAAAUGUUUGUUUUAAUGAUUGCGAUGAAAAAUAAGGUUUGAUCGUUUAAUCUUGAAUUUUAUGUUAUAGCACCCUGGGUGUUGGGCUAAUGGUAGAACUCCGGUCUAAAUCCCAGGUCCCAUGCUAUGAGGACCUCACCCUUACUGAAAUUUAUGCUAUUUUAGUCUUUUUUAGCAUCAAUUAUCUCGUUUUUUAAAACAUUUUUAUAAACAUUCAACACAUUAUGCAAGUUUCUUUGAAGAAUAUGAAUUCCUUUUGUUGUGAAAACAAUAAGUUCUGUGAUGUAAUCGCCUGUGAUGUCACAAAGCUCAGUCUUCAACACUGGGUGAGCAAAAUGUUUUACCCAUGAUGGUUCAACAAUUGGGGUGGAAAAGUUUUUAUAAAGAAGGAUUCUUUGAUCAUAAGUUCCAAUAACAAUCUCUAUUGUUCCGUCACAAUUGUCACGCCCAACUGCACAACAAGUGACGCAAUCUCCAUCACCACUAGAGCGCAGUAUAACAGGUUUUUCAAACCCCAGGUUUAAUACAUCAGAAUACAC